AUGGAGUCUGAAAAUGGAAUUCCAGUUGAAGAUGAAAAGAAGGUCAUCACUGAGAAUCCUGAUGAGGAAGGAUCAACCCAUGAUGAUCCACUUCCUGUCGAAAACGAAGCGUGUAAAGAAUCGAAAACCGACAAAGAGAGUCAGAGCCCAUCCGAGCCCAAAACUGUUCUUUCUCCAACCGUGUCGAAGGCCAAAACAUCGAAUCUUGAAAAAGUUUCCAAUACCAGUGGCCCCAAGAACAGUAAACAGGCCAAGAAUCAGUCUGCCUCGAAAGUAUCGGUUGUGUUUGGCCGGAGCACGAAGAGGCCGAGCCUGGCUCAGAGCCUCUCUUUUCCAAGCCCAGGCAGCCGCCACUCGGAUGUGAUGAAAAGAAGCAUCGAGGUUUACCCUUCUAAAUUGGACAUCAGGCAGUCUCAGAAAAACAGUUCGAAAAUCGCGUCCCGAGGUUCGAACGGGAGUUCGAGCCCGAGAAUAGGUUCGGUUGUCCGUGGCCCGUUUCCUGGGGUCAGUUCAUCUACAGGAAAGCCAAAUGGCAGGCGUGCAACUAUAUCUUCUAUGCCGAGCCUUAAACAAUCCUCGGUAGAAAAAUCGGGAAAAUGCGAAUCUGCUAGUGGAACCGGCACAGGCCCUGAAACUGAUUUAGUGGUCGCGAAAGAGUCUGAGCCGAGCAACAGUUCGUUGUCUGUUAAGGAUGAGGAUGCCCGAUCGACUACUUCCUCGACUCAGCAGAGGGUUAAUGUUACAACAUUCUCCUUCAGGCUGGAGGAACGUGCUGAAAAGCGAAAAGAGUUUUUUUCGAAGAUAGAACAGAAGGUACAUGCCAAGGAAGUCGAGAAGAAUAACAUACAAGCAAAAUCGAAGGAAAAUCAAGAGGAGGAGAUAAAGCAACUUAGGAAGAGCUUGACAUUCAAAGCUACACCCUUGCCGAGCUUCUACAAAGAACCACCUCCGAAAGUCGAGCUAAAGAAGAUACCAACCACACGGCCAAUUUCUCCCAAGCUCGGGAGGAACAAAAGCAAUCCUGUUGAUAACGUCGUGCCAUGUGUCAGCCCACGAGUGAGUGAUGACAGUAACUGCAAGUCACCGAAGACUCCUCGGGCACAUUGUGCUGCCUUAAAGAAACCCGUCAAGAGCUCCUUAUCCAAAUCCCAUGCUGGAGCGAAAACCGGGGCCCAAGAGAAGCAAACUCCUGAGCACGGAAAUGUUGAAGACCGGCCCAUUUGCCAACCUGAGUUCGUGGAGAAGAAAAUUGAAGAUGGGGUCGAAAAAAGUUUGUCUUUUUCUGAUGGGUCGAAUCUUGCUUCGAAUGCGAUGGCUGCCGGAGUUUCUGUUGAAGGUUGA